AUGAGUUGUUUUUUUGACAAUGAUGAUUCAUUUUCUAUCUCGUUCAUUGUAGUGAUUUCCAGUAUUUCAGUCAGUAUCCGAUCGAUACAGAGUGUGGCAACUGUUGCUGGAGGCCACGGAUAUGGCAUUGCCACGAAUCAACUCAAAAACCCUUACGGUCUCUUCGUUGAUGAUAAUCAAACAAUAGCCAUUGCUGACUAUGAUAAUCAUCGUAUCGUCCAAUGGAAGAUAGGUGAUAUAAAUGGACAAGUGGUAGCUGGUGGUAAUGGCGAAGGGAAUCGAUUAAAUCAAUUGAAUCGACCAACCGAUGUGUUGAUUGACAGGGAGACUGAUAGUUUCAUUAUCUGUGAUCGAGACAAUCGACGAGUUGUACGAUGGUCUCGUCGUAGUGGCACAAUUGAAGGAGCUAUCCUCGUUGACAACAUUAAGUGUUUUGGAUUGGCCAUGCAUGGUCAGAGACAUCUUUACAUCUCUGACACUAGAAAACAUAAUGUAAGACGAUAUCAAAUAGAAAAUAAGAAUGGAGCUAUUGUAGCUGGUGGUAAUGGCAAGGGUGCUAAUCUCAAUCAAUUCAACUUUCCAACCUACAUUUUUGUCGAUCAACAACAGGCUGUCUACGUGUCGGACUACUACAAUCAUCGUGUGAUGAAAUGGAAUAAAGAUGCACAACAAGGAAUUAUCGUUGCUAGAGAUCAAGACGAAGGAAAUUCUGCGACACAAUUGUGGUAUCCUGAAGGGCUAUUCGUCGAUAUGUUGGGUACCAUCUAUGUGGUCGACUCGGUAAAACAUCGAGUAAUGCGUUGGUCUAAUGGAACGCAACAGAGCAGUGUCAUUUUCGGUGGAAAUGGUCGAGGAGAAGGAGUGAAUCAGUUAAACGCUCCCAUCGGCUUGGCCUCCGAUCGACAUGACAAACUCUACGUCACCGAUGCUGGAAAUCAUCGUGUUCAACGCUUUUCUAUCGAAUAG